AUGUCGGCGGCGCAAGCAUAUGUUGUGGCAGCAAUGCCAGAUGCCAGCCUGUUCAACUUUCCCCCGACCAACGAACCAACACCUCUCUCGCCUGCACCCGUGGCCGUCUCCAUCAUGCGGCCCUUCAACAUCCCCGACAGCAUCUACCAGGCGGCCCUUGACCCCAAUGUUCCGUUGACUAUUGCGGCGCUGUACGCAGUGACCGCCAAGGCUCUGAACAAGUUCAAUGCCUCCCGCAACAAAAAGCCCUGGGCCAUGAGCGAAACCAAGCCCUUCUUCGCCUUCGUUGUCUUUCACAAUGUCUUGCUCGCCGUCUACUCGGCGUGGACCUUUUGGGGCAUGCUGGGUACCAUGCGACGCAGCAUCGUGAGCCCAUUCGGGGCCGGCGGCGCUGCUGCCACUGUUGACAGCCUCUGCCGUCUUCAUGGUCCUCGUGGCUUGGGAGGCUCUCUCUACUUCAACCACACCUCGUCUCACUGGGACAGCGCGGACCCCAACACUCUCAUCGCCAGCUUAGACGGCAGCCAACCCAGCAGCACGCAGAUGGGACGUAUCUGGAACGAGGGUCUCAACUACUACGGCUGGAUCUUCUACCUGAGCAAGUUUUACGAGGUCUUGGAUACCUUCAUCAUCCUCGCCAAGGGUAAGUUCAGUUCUACCCUGCAGACCUACCAUCAUGCUGGGGCCAUGCUCUGCAUGUGGGCGGGUAUGCGCUACAUGUCAGCUCCUAUCUGGGUGUUUGUCCUGGUCAACUCGUUCAUCCAUGCUCUGAUGUACGCCUACUACACCCUGACGGCUUUCUCAAUCAGGGUUCCCAUGGUGGUCAAGCGAACCCUGACCACUAUGCAAAUCACCCAAUUCGUUGUUGGUGCGUCGUAUGCCAUUCUGCACUCUUUCGUCACCUACGUCGCUCCCAUUACGGUCACCAAGAUCGCCGUCGAACUGCCAGCCGCAUCCGCCGACGCUGCCGCGCCCACUGCCACCGGUGCCUUGGACUCACUUAGGAAGUUCAUCUUUGGCUCAGCUGCAUUGGACUCGGUUGCCUCUGGUACGGUCAAGGAAUCUGCUCUUGUAACCGAGACUUCUCACGUGGCUCAGCCUUGUAUUCCUACAGCCAACGAGACAUUUGCCAUCUGGCUCAAUGUUUUGUACCUCGCUCCGUUGACCUACCUUUUCGUUAGCUUCUUCAUUGCUAGCUAUGUCAAGCGCAGCACUGCAAACAACAAGAUUCCUGGCAAGACCAACCGCCGCCUCAGCAAUGUAACUCUGGCCGAAAAAGCCGGUUGGGAUGCUGCCCGUGGUAUCGAGAGGGAAGUUUAUGGCGGUGAAAACAUGGUCAACGGCCAUGCCAAUGGUCGCAUCGAGGCCAUCGACGAGGCGGACGAGGCAGCAUCAACAAAAACCAGCGACCGUGCCAGAAGACGGACAUGA